AUGAGUGGUCUUCUCCACCGAGACUUCAACAUGUUAAUGGGAAAUGAUGAUGACAGUCUUGAGAAUUUAGAUGGAUCAUUCUUUAGAAGUUCAGAUGAAGAACCAAGUGAUAAUUACCCGAUUAUCAAGGACACAGAGAAGAUGCUUGAGGAAUUCUACAUGAGUGGAUACCGUGAUGAGAUUAUUGCUGGGAAAGAAGCGGCUGUGCAGCAAGGUUAA